UGCCGAUGACACCACACCACCUUCAUAAUAUCAGCACAACAAAAUCCCUUCAUCUUCAGAAUCAGAGCAACAUGUCCAUUCACCAUGGGAAUGGUAGUUAAACUAGAGGAAUACACUUCUAUCAAACCAUUCAGCUUGACGAGUUGCAAAACCUAGAACUAAUAUUGCCGAUCAGGACCCCAUUGAUCCAUCUCAGAUGAUUGGUGGUAGGCGUGCCAUGACUCAUAGCCACCGUAGGGAGAGGCAGAGCGGAGUACCUGAACUAUCAAGAUCAGGUACAACAUGAUGUGACGGAUGGUGGAUAUGACCAGGAUCAUAUACCACAGCAGCAGGAUGCAGGAGACGAGGAUGACAUUGCAGCAGCUGCUGCACCGGAGGUGUUACCCGUGGACCCUCCAUUUCCUGGUGGACCGGCUGACUUGUCAUUGCUCCACUCUUAUGACUUGCAAAUGGAUGUUGAAGAGCAAAUAACAAAUAUAUUUUGGGCGGAUGCACAAAUGAUAAAUGAUUAUGGGUAUUUUGGUGAUGUUAUCACUUUUGACACCACAUACAAGACAAAUAAGGGUUAUCGGCCGCUGGGAGUAUUUGUUGGACUAAAUAAUCACAGGCAAACAGUCAUUUUUGGGGCAGCAUUGUUAUAUGACGAAACAAUCCCUUCUUUCAAGUGGUUAUUUCAAACAUUUCUCAAGGCAAUGGGUGGUAAAAAGCCAAAAACCAUGAUGACGGAUCAAGAUGUUGCGAUGGCUAAGGCUAUUUCCUUAGUUAUGCCAGAAACAUUUCAUGGAUUGUGCACUUGGCAUAUAAGACAGAAUGCUUUACGGCAUGUGAACCACUUGUAUCAAAAGAGUUCACGAUUCGGUUUGGAUUUUGAAGCAUGCAUAGAUCUACAUGAAGAUGAGGGUGAAUUUUUGAAUGCUUGGAAUUCUUUGCUUGUUGAGCAUAAUAUAUUGGAAGGGUCGUGGUUGCAUACAAUUUUUCAAUUGAAGGAGAAAUGGGCAUGGACAUAUGUCCGGAAAACAUUCACAGUUUCACAUCCAGGAUUCUUUAAAUACAUUCACUAGAAAUCAAGAAGAAUAUUGUCUGUUAGGCAUUUUCUGUGCUCCCCUCUUCAUUCCUUCAUUCUCCUAUUUGUACAAUCAAGAAGAAUAUUUUCUGUUAGGCAUUUUCUCCUAUUUUUACUGACGACAGCACCUGUAAAAGUGGUUUUCUCAUAUUCCUUCAUUCUCCUAUUUCUAUUUGAUGUUUCUAUUAAGAAUAUUUGAUCACAGUUUCACAUCCAGGAUUCUUUAAACAUUUUUUUAUGGUAUGAAUUCCUUCAAGAAAAUGAAGCAACUCUUAAACAUUUUUAAGGUUUCAUAAAUGGUGGUUUGAAGCGGCGGUGGCGGUGAAGAGAAAAGUUUGACUGACGAUGAUUUAGGUGAGGUGAUGUGGAGUAUAAGGG